AUGACAGUCCACAGCAGCUGGAAUCCCAGACUCAAGUCUGUCAAGUUCGAGUUUGAGACCGAGCCCACGGCCUCGAUCGACGCCCAGCAGCCCCCCCACGACGUCGUGUUCGAGAAUCCGAUCCCGUUCGACAUUCCCGGUGUUCCGAAGAGCCGGCUUGUCGGUGAAAGCUGCGACAUUGGCACGUUGGCAGCCAAGUCCAACACGGACCUCGUUGCUUUGAUUUCGACGGCUUGGGCUCUAGUCCUCUCCCAACAGGUGGAUGGUCCGAGUGUUGAGUUUGGGUUGAGCCUUUCAGAUGAUAGCUUGAGCGUUCAUCCCGUCCAUACAUCGCUGGAUCGGCGGCGGGCCAUUUCCGAGGUCCUGAGGGACGCCGCCGCACAUGUCGAGCAGAUCCGGUCAUCGAAUCCCAGCACAGACGGCCUAGAACAGGCUGGUCAUAACGGCGAUGGAGCUUCUCUUUUUCAAUCGGUCCUCGACAUCAGCGCCAGAGGUACACGGCUCGAUGAAGCGGUGCCUCUGGACCGUCCCCUGGUUAUAGGUUGCUUGGUGGAUCACGACGAGCAGGAGGUCACCUUCACAGCUCUAUUUGAAGAGCGCAUCAUCCAGCGCAACCUUUUGCGCUUCCUUCUCAGCGACCUCGAGCAUGUCGUCUGGCAGAUGCUGCAGCCCCAAGCCGCGCAUCUGGCGCUCAAGGACCUCGAGACUAUCGGGCCCGUCAGCCAACGCGCCAUGCGUCGCUUGAACCGCCCAUUGCAGCCAAAGCGCGAUUGUCUAGUGCAGCACCUCAUAGCCAGCAAUGUCGCCGAUCGCCCAGAAGCCCCAGCCGUCGACGCCUGGGACGGCACCUUGACGUAUGCUCGGCUGGACGCCCAAAGCAAUUGCUUGGCCAGGCACCUCGUUUCACUUGGGGUCGGGCCCGAGGUCUUUGUACCCAUCAUUUUCGAAAAAUCCAAAAUGAGCAUCGUAGCCAUGCUGGCCGUGGUGAAAGCCGGCGGCGCCUUCAUGCCCCUGGAUCCAAGGAUGCCCCUCUCGAGAUUGCACUCAAUGGUUGCCCAAGCUGGACCAUCCAUCGCAGUCUCUUCGGUAAGCUGCCGGGGCAAGAUGCCAAGGGGCGUCGAGGAAAUCAUCUUGGACGAGGCGCUCCUGGCUCGCAUCGCGGCACACCAAAUGGAUCGGUCGGGCUGCCCUGCAACGACGGCGACCCCGGAUAACGUCUUAUAUCUCAUGUUCACUAGUGGAUCGACGGGCAAGCCCAAAGGCGUCGCCGUCAACCACGCCUCGUUCUGUUCCAGUGCCAUCGGGUUCAAAGAUGCCAUCCGACUUGCGUCACCACAACGCCGGGCCCUUCACUAUGCCUCGCCCGGGUUCGAUGCCUCCAUCAUGGAGACCUUGGUCACGCUCAUUGUCGGUGCGUGCAUCUGCAUACCAUCGGACGCGGACCGCCUCGACGACGUCGCAAAGUGCAUCGUGGAUUUCCAGGUAAACUGGGCCUUUCUGACGCCUCCGAUCGCGAGACUGCUUCGUCCCGAGGAUGUUCCCCGACUCGAAGUUCUAUGCCUCGGCGGAGAGGCCUUGCCGCGAGACGUCGUCGAGAUAUGGGCCGACAGCGUCGACGUCAUCAACGCCUACGGCCCAACCGAAUGCACCAUCGUGGCCAUGGUCAGCGACCCCAUAUCCAGAACGUCCCAGUCCAUUCCGCUCGGCAAGCCCGUUGGCUGUGCGGUAUGGAUCUUGAACGAAGAGGGAGACCGGAUCCAGUCGUUCAACAGUGUUGGGGAGAUUAUCAUUGAAGGCCCUGGAGUAGCCAGAGGCUACCUCGGUGACGAGGUCAAGACGGCUGCCGUCUUUGGAGAGCACGCCGACUUUCUAGACACAAUCACCAGUUCCUCGUCACGCUUUUACCGAACUGGCGACCUUGGGCGGAUGAAUGUUGACGGGACCAUCGAUUACUUGGGCCGCAAGGAUACUCAAGUCAAGGUCAACGGCCAAAGAAUUGAGACGGGCGAGAUCGAGCAUCACAUGAAGAACAUCUUGAACCAGCGUGACGAGAAGCCAGCUUUGGACGUCGUCGUCGAGCUGUUGCAGCCCGACCAUGGUAGCCGGGCUUUCCUGGCUGCCUUUGUCGGUCCCGGAGAGGGCACCGCACCCGAUUGCGCCUCGAAGCAAGGAAUCUUUAUCGACAGAGUAGAUCCAGUCAGCAGACAGAUUUUGGAAAGGACGACGGGUAUCAAGGGGGCUCUCUCGGAAAAACUUCCAGACUACAUGAUACCCAGAGUUAUCUUGCCCUGUGAAAGCAUUCCACGAACAUCUUCGGGGAAGACGGAUCGGAAGAGGCUCCGUCAGACGGGCAACGAUCUGACGAUGGCUCAAGUCAAAGAAAUUCAGGUGCCCACCACGAUGAAGGGUUGCAGGAAACACCUGGAAACCUCAAAGGCAAUGAUUUCCACCUGUUUCGAUGAUGACCAGGAUGAAAAAGCCUCGUGGACGACGAGCUCUGAUGGGUCGGCGACGCAGGACGCGUCAGAAACAUCAGAAGACUCCACCAGCGGGCUGCCAUGCUUGACGCCAGGCGAGCAAUUUAUGCGCGAAAUCUGGGCAGAUAUCCUCGAGCUUCCCAAGGAGAAUAUACUCCCCAACGACGACUUUCUUCUCCUUGGGGGCGACUCCAUCGGCUUCAUCAAAGUCGUCGCAGCUUGCCGCCGAGCCGGCAUUCACACGACCGUGGCUGCCCUUGCGAGUUUCACCGUCCUGCAGGAUAUGGCCAGGGUUUGCGAGCGGUCUCAGAAUGGCGCUGGAAGUUCCUCUGCCGGCAGAAGGAAGCCAUUUGGCCUGCUGCGGCAAGACCAGGUGGUGGCUCUGCGCAAGGAAGCAGCUGUCCAGUGUGCCAUCGAUCCUAACCUUGUCCAAGAUCUCUACCCAUGCACACACACGCAGGAGGACUUGAUGGUGGCAAACAUCAUCCAUCCCGGGGUCUCUAUAGGCCGCUUCAAUCACAGGUUACCGAAAGACAUCGACGUGGCCCGGUUCAAGAAGGCUUGGGAGAGCGUAUGGAAAGACACGCCCAUUCUCCGCACCAGGUUCACAAACACGUCGGCCGGCUCGCUCCAGGUUGUCGUCGACGAGGCCAUGCCAUGGUCAGAAUCGCACAACCUGGAAGCGUACAUCAAAGCAGACAACGCGAAGCCUAUGUUGCCAGGUUUGCCGUUGUCCCGGUUUGCUCUGGUCUUCGAAAACGACAAGACAGUGCACUUUGUCUGGACCAUGCAUCAUAUGCUCUAUGACGGGUGGUCUGUUUCUCUCAUCUGCAAGAGGGUCAACGCUUCGUAUCGUGGGCUGGCCACGGAGCCGGCGUCUGACUUCCGCCAGUUCGUCGCCUAUUCGAGGGAGCUGGACGGAAAGCGCAACGCCACGUACUGGCAAAAGAAACUCGAGGGUGUCACUUCGUCCACAUUCCCCGCCCCAGCACGUCCGGAUCAUGCGUGCCGUGCCAACCGUGUUGUCAGGGAUUAUCUUGAGCUGCCCGAGCGAAAAGAGCAAUGCAAGACCACUAUGUCCACCAUGGUCCAGGCCGCCUGGGCUAUCAUGAUCGGCCACUUCUCCAAGACCACCGACGUCCUCUUCGGUGCCACGAUAUCUGGGCGCAACGCGCCCCUGAGGGGUAUCGACAACAUUGAGGGGCCGACCAUGGCCACUGUUCCUGUUAGGCUGACUGUGCGUCCGGAUAGCCGCGCCGUUGACUUUCUGCACUCCGUCCGAGACCACUUCACCGAAAUGAUACCGUAUGAGCAGACAGCGCUGAAGGCCAUCAGGGCCAUGAGCGAAGAUACGAAACGGGGAUGCGAUUUUCAAAACAUGCUGGUGAUUCAGGCCGGAUCCGUGUGGGGGAGCGACGACGAGCCGCUUGGUGAGCCCUCGCAUCGGGGAGAAGACGCAACAGUGCCAGUUCUUUGCCAAGUCUGGCUCCUGCAGAGCAGAAUCCAUUUCGAUGUGGUCUUUGACGAGCAAAUCACUUGCCGUGAGGUCGUUACGGAAGCGAUUGCUGCUGUCAAAGACAUCCUUGGGCAGCUUCUACAACUUUCCGACUCAUCAGAGACGCAACUGGCCAAUAUUCAACCCGGAAAAGCACAAGAGACGAGUAUCGUGAGUUGCCUGGGUCCAUCACCCGUGAAAACCGUUCAGGCUACAGUUCAUGACCUGGUGAGCGACGUGUCCAGGCAACAACAACACGAGGAAGCUGUGUGCACUUCAGAAACCUCUGUGUCAUAUCAAGAAGGAAUGAUUUUACCCUUGUGUUUCGAGAAAUCGGUCUGGACCAUCGUUGCAAUGCUCGCGGCUCUCAAGACUGGAGCGGCAUUUGUUUUGCUUGACCCCAGCCAACCGCAGCAAAGGCUUGAGGAGCUUGUGUCCCAAGUCGCGGCCCAGUUUGUGCUGAUAUCGCCCUUGCAGGCAAUGUCAAUGAACUUUGCAGUUUCGCUUCGCCAAGUUAUCGUCGACGGCGCCUUUCUCCAGACCUUGCCGGCCGCAAGAAGAGAUGAGCUGCCCGAUGUAUCCCCUAGCGACCUUGCCUAUAUCAUCUUCACCAGCGGUGCUGCCGCUUAUAGCAAAGCUCUUCUUCUCGAAGCCAAGAGACGCAUCUUGCACUUUUCGUCGUACAGUUUCGACGCCAGCCUGAACGAAACCCUGGUUGUGCUGAUGCACGGUGGCACUGUGUGCAUUGCGAACGAAAAGGAACGAACUCAAGACCUUGCCGGCUUCGUGAGAAGAACAAAGGUCGACUGGGCCAUCUUGACACCGUCAGUAGCCAGACUACUGUCCCCGAGCGACGUGCCUCUCCUAGAGACUCUUGACCUCGGCGGAGAGGCGCCGGAUCGAGCGCUGCUCUCCAGGUGGCAUCAGGCGCGGGUACGAGUCUUCAACGUGUACGGGCCUGCCGAGGGAGCGGGGACUGCUCUCUCCCAACAGUAUGCUGGAGGUGUUGACCCGCGAACCAUUGGUUUCCCGAUGGGGUGCCAAGUAUGGAUCGUGGAUCCAAGUGACCACGACAAGCUGGUUGCAGGCGGGCAAACAGGUGAACUUGUCCUGGAAGGGCCGAUUCUGGCAAAUGGCUACUUCAAGGAUCCCCAGAAGACGGCACAGUCGUUCAUUUCGAAUCCCAAGUGGGCAACGCAGCCUGGGUUUGGCUCUGGGCCGAGACGCAUGUAUAAGACGGGGGAUCUUGUCUUCAGGAAGGACAACGGUGCCAUCGAUUAUGUUGGCCGGAAGGACCUGCAGGUAAAGCAUCACGGUCAGCGAAUUGAGCUCGGCGACAUCGAGACCAACCUCGCCGCAUGCUCUGGAGUGAAGCGCUGUGCAGUGUUCUACCCAGUGGCAGGGCCGUUGAAGCAGCAGCUGGUUGCAAUCAUCGAAGCGGAUACCAAAGAAGAGGAAAACGAGGCAUUUCCGCGCCAGUUGAAGACGGAACUGGCAGCCAAAGUUCCCGGCAGCAUGGUCCCAGCACACUGGCUGGACGCGGGUUCCCUCGCCCACGAUGGACAGCCGCUACCACUGAGCCUGUCAGGCAAACUUGAUCGCCGUCUCAUCACGGCCCAGCUUGAGCGGCUCUCCGCCUCCGAGGCAGAUCAGGCGCUUGAGACAUCGGGCUAUCAGGACGUCCACGACGACGCCGGCACAGGCGUGAUAGGCGAAGAAGAGCAGCCAGCCUACACGAUAGCGAGGAAGAUACACGAAAUGCUUCCCGCUCGUAUCCAAGCCGGUCUGGCAUCAAAAUGCGAAAAUGAAUGCCCCGAACGGACGAGCUUCGACGACCUGACCCUGCAGUCCUCGGGCCUCGACUCGCUGAACAUGAUGUCGCUCAUGUAUUUCAUCUCUCGACAGUUUGACGCCAACGUCAGCAUGCAGCUCCUCAUGGACAAGAAGACAACAAUACGGAAAUUGGCCAACCCGACCACGAUUGACGUUAUGGCCGAAAUAUGUCGACACGACUCGCGAGUUGCUGCUCUCCAGCGAAACGACCAAGCGUCAGGCAGUGGUAUGUCCCUCGAACAGUAUGCGACGCUCGGCGAACCGGUAACGGUUCUACUUACCGGUGGCAACGGAUUCAUCGGUACACAAAUACUCCGCCAGCUUCUCGAGCAUCGCCGUGUCAGCGGCGUCAUUGCUGUGGUGCGCGGUGAGACGGCAGAACGCGCCAGAAGCCGCACUAUCGAGGCGGCCAGGCGAGCCCGCUGGUGGACUGAUCUACACGGAGAGAAGCUGCAGGUCUGGCCUGGGGACCUGUCGCUCCCAUGUUUGGGUCUCGAACCGGCGCAUUGGGAGCAUCUCCAAGGGGGGAAUGUCGACAUCAUCAUUCACAAUGGAGCUGCGGUGCACUGGGCAAAGAGUUAUGCGGCCCUUGAAGCCGCAAACGUCGAUUCGACGGUUGAGUUGCUCUGCCUCGCAGCAACGGUUCCCCGUAUGGGGUUUGCCAUCAUCAGCCCCGGCCUUGUCGUCGGCACCGCAACCGAAGGCGUCGCAAACAUCGAUGACUAUAUAUGGCGGCUUGCGGCAGCGUGUAUUAGGCUGGGCGCUUACAACGCCACUCAGGCUGACUCUUGGGUCGAGCUAUCCGACGCGGCGACCAUGGCAACGACUAUUGUCGACACUGCCUUUGAGUCGGCGAUUCCGGGAAUGGCGCCUCAAGUCGUGAAGCAGGUCUAUGAUGGCAUGAAAUGGGGCCAAUUCUGGGCCGUCUUGGCUGGCAUGGGGUAUCGGCUGGAGGCUCGAGAAGCGGCAGAGUGGCUUGCUUCUAUGCGUGAGGAUAUUGACGCGUGCAAGGAGUCCCAUCCACUGUGGCCGCUGGCACACAUGUUGGAGAGCCAAACAAUGCAGGAAGCGGCGGAGAGCUGGAGGGGCGAGACGCCUCUGAGGUUGAAGUUGGCUGUGAGGAGAAACGCCGAGUUCCUCAGCUCAGUUGGUUUCCUUCCCCCGCUCACCAGCAAUGGCCAGGAAGCGACGCAGGGAUCAAGUGGCGGAACGUUUUCGAGAUCGGGGCGGUAA